UUGUUUCCGUCUUGACUUAGGACUGAGGCAGGAACCGUAUUCCGUAUUUUCAGUGCUCUGGCGUAGGCGUGACGCCAUGUUGUGAAAAGUGUCUGAGGAAAAGUUUAUACAAAUAUUCGAGGAAAAAGUGCAAUCCACAAAACACUGCAAUCAAUUGUUAGAGUGAGCCAGCGACAGUAAGGAUGGCUAAGCGAUUUUUGAGCCUGGCGGCGCUACUGCUGCUGCAGUGCAUCUGGGCCACACCACAGCGGACCGCCGCCUACUCGCUCCAGGCAGCCGUUGACGAACUGCAUCGUCGCGAGGCAGCCAAAUAUCCGUUAAAUGAUCCACCCCCGCGGGAUGACUGGGACGAAGAUGCAGACUUAUUUGGAAAGAGCAAGAAUCGUAAUCGGCAUCGCGUUAAUAAAGUGCUCGCCAAGUACUUAGACCGCGACUCGGACGACUUUGAGCCGGAUCGCGCCCUGGGCCCACCGUUCAGUGGCUAUGACUUUGGCCCCGCAGCUGGCGAGGAUGUGGGCAACAUUCGCAAUAAUCUCUUUGCCGAUGAGAAGAGGAAACGCUUCUCCGCCGCAGCCGCCGCCGCCGCCCCGUCCCUCUUCCGAGAACGUGACGAGCAGCUCGAUGCACCAGCUCCGUCUGUGUUCCGUGAACGUGAGAUUCAACCACUGAGCGGAGAGCCCACACAUAACGAGCUGGCGGAUCAGUUUCUGCGCGAGAUCGAGGAGGCCGGGGAGCAGGAGCGCAACGAGCGCUACAAGGAUGCAGUGCGUCAGUGGUGGCAUCAGUUCGACCAGCGCCAGCAACUGGGCAAAGAUGUGCAGCCGCAGCAGCACCAGCACCAGCCGGAACAGGAUCUGGAUCCCGAGCUGUUCGAACAGAAGAAGCGGAUGCGAGUGCCGCCGUACUACCUGCUGAUGCAGAAGAAGCGCUCCUAUCCGGUCCUGCCCUGGCUGCCGUACAAUGCCGACAAGAAGAAGCGCUUCCCAGUGGCCAAGCGAGCCAUUGGCAGCAACCAGGAACAGAUGCCGCUGGGCAAGACCGACGAGCGAGUGGCCCAGGAGCUGAGCGAGCUGUUUGGCAGUCCCGUCGACUCCCAUCUAAAGCCGCAACAGGAGCAGCCGGACGAGAAAAAGAAGCGUUCGGCCGAUGAGCCCAAUACUACGACCACCGCCCAUGUCCCACAGUUGCCAGCAGCCACGACCACGGCUCUGGGUGACAUGCGAUUGGAGAUUAACUUCCAGCGCGUGAACGUGACCAAGGAGAAGCCUGCCGCACCCGCACCCGCUCCCGCACCCGCUGGAGCUGGCGAGAUGGUCCAGCAUGGCGGACACGCCGGUCACCAUGGCAACCACGUACCCGGCAUGGGUCCGGAGUACCGCCAUCGCAAGCGCAGCGAUCACGUCCAUCGCAGGGACAGUGAUGAGCACGACAUGGACGAGCACGACGAUGAGGGUGAGGAGAGCUCCGAUGAGGACGAUCACGAUGAGUUCGAUGAGGAUGAGGGCGACGCUGAGCCGGACACCGAGACAGUGGCCGAGGAGCGGCGCCGCAAGAAGAAGCGAGCCGCAGUCGGCGGUGGUGGCGCCCACUCCAAGCAGCAUCUGCGGGCUCCCACAGUGGGCCAUCUGAUGCUGAGGGCCAAGAAGUCGAUCGACUGGUCCCAGUACUUUGGUCUGGACCUAGACCGCAAGAAGAAGUCGUCUGCCAAGGACACUGAGCAAGCGAAGAAGCGUUCAGAAAAUGACAGCACAAACAACAAUAGUAACAACAACGAAGAGGAGGAGCCGGAUGUGGAGGACGAGAAGAAGAAGAAGCGGGACGUCGACACGGAGAAGCUGGAGAGCAUGGACAGGAAGCUGCAGUCGAUUGAGGACUUCAUCAUCGAUGAGACCAUCAAGUAUACGGGUGCCCACGAGGGCGUCAACAACAGGGAGGACAUACGCAAGAUCAAGGACCACGUACUGUCCCGCCUGGCCACGGCCUACAGCCUGGAGAAGAUGCGCCGUGCCCUGGACAAGCUGCGUCAGUCGGUGGACAACGAUAACCACCUGAUGCGCAACACCAUCGAACCAGAGUCGGAGGAGAACACCCUAGAGUCCAACUACUGGACGGCCAAGAAGCGCUUCAGCGUCAAGAAGGAGCAGGCCGAGGAUGCCAAGCCGCCGCAGGAUAUGGAGAAGAGGAAGCGCAGCGGGUACUUACGUUAUCCGGAGCAGCCCAACACCAUGGAGGAGGCCCUCAGCGCUGGAAGUGCCCCCUACGAGACCCUGAACGAUGCCUAUCUGGGUAACAAGAACUACAUAAUCGGCUCCAACCAGUGCCCCGUCAUUGAGUCCAUGGCGGAGCGCUGUCGGGGUAUCGAUUUGAUUUCAGGGGACAUCAACCAAGAGCUUCUGCCCCUUUGCGGUGUCCACCAGAUCUGCUAUCUCUGUGGAGCCUCGCAGGUGGCCUGCGACUAUCAGUAUUUGGCCGAGGCGGACAGCAUCUGUGGCAGCAGUAACGAUUGCCAGUCGGCGGCUCGCUCCAUUCUGAUGAUACUUCGCGGCACGCCCGGCCGACAGCUGGGACCGCGCGAGUGCCUGAAGAAUCCCUGUCUGUAUAGGGCCAUGCGUGAGAUCGGGCUAUAAACGUUUCCCCAUCAUUCCCAACUUCUUUGUGUGCGUUCAAAAGGAAUAAUCAAAAGCAAACAGGGGGCCCCAUAUACUAUUAAUCAAAAGAAAACAAAAUAUGCUGAACUGGCAAAGAUCAAACGUUUGAUUCAAAACCAAAACCAAAUAUAUAGAAUAUUUUGAUGUGUGUAUUUUCCUGUCUACCACUCCAUAGGCGGUGGCAGAGGGCAACCUAUAAAACUAUUUAUGCUAAUUGCAAAAAUACAUGUAUAAUCCACUUGAACCUGCAGCAGUUGACACCGAAUAUGAUGGAUGGGCUUUUCAUUGGGAAUGCGAGAGUAACCAAAAGCCCAAUUGCCCAUUGCCCAGUUGCCCAGUAGCACAAGCAGCUUGAAACCAGUGAAAUAAGUACUAUACCUACAUGUAUGUAUACGCAAAUACAAUAGAGAACCACAGUCCAUUUAAGCAGCGUCUUAGAACCACACAACAAAACACAAAACAACACAACAAAUACUAAAUGAAUGUUAAAUGUCCAAAUACAAGAAGUUUGCUAAACAUAUUUAAUGUUAUAUACGUGUUUUUGUGUACAAAAAAGGUCGUAAUCAAACGUACUACAAUAUAUAUCCACAGGACCUACAUAUAUAUAAUCAAAAGACAAAAACAGAAACAAAAACCAAAAGAGAAUUAUUGCGCAUAUAUGUAUGUUAGAUUUACAUUAUAAGUUUUACGUAUCAGUUUUAUUUGCCUUUUGUGUAUAUUUAUUUAUAUUCUCCUUGCGAGACUAUUAGAGCGAAUUACAAACAGGCAGCUAGCCACCAAUCGAGAAUCAAAUGCUUAACCACAGCUUUGCAUUCAGUUAGUUCAGACAGAAAUAAACGUAAUUAAAUAAUAAAAUACGAGUAGAUUGUAUUGUAGGAGAGAAUGAGCCGAUCAAAAGUAUCUCCCAGCAAGGUCCGGUCCCAAAUUGUCAGCUAUAGGGUUGUCCACAACUAUAACUAUUCUAUCAGAGAUACAAAACUCUACAUACAGAUAUACACAUAUAUAUUAUAUAUUUAAACUUAUCUACGAAUAAACAUAUAUAUACUUAAAUGUGUUUCAGUGUGAAAACAAUAAAUGGACAUAACUAAGACAUAUAUUUUACGUUCUUAACAGAUCUAUAGAUGUGAUGUGAUUAUAUAAUAUACAAAACUACAAUGGAAUGGAGAAAGGAGAGGGGAAAUGGAAACUUACUAAAACUAAGUCCCAAGUGUGCCGCUGAACUGCAACAAUGAUUGAUUAAAAUAUAUUCAUUAUAUUUAAUCAAAAUAUUAUAAAUGUAUUUACAUAUUUACCCACUAUAUUAUAUACGAUAUAUACAUACUUAUAUACAUUUAAAUUUGAUGUAAAUGCUACAGUUUGCGAAAACCCAAGAAACAUACUUGAAACUAUAUAUGCUAUACC